AGACGUUUUGUCUGCUUGUACCGUCAGGGACCAUUGUGGCUUGGCUGGCUACGACCUUCUCUCUAUAUCUGCAGGUUGGCGGGCAGUUGGUGAGGAGUACGCAUGCUCAACAAUUGAUCGGAGUGGCAAAGAUGCGGACAGGGAUCUAGAUAUCGACAUAAUUAUUUGGAUGGUGGAUUGGCUCCACGGAGCGAGAAGAACAUCGGGAAAGUUUUCAUCGGACUAUUCGCCGGACAAGGGUUCCGUUGCUUUUGGAAAUUCGCUCCUUGUUUAAUCGUUGGAGACUGUCCCGGUGAGUGGUCGUGGAGGCUGGGUUUCUGGCAGGACAAAUCAAUUUAAUCUUUACGUUUUCACGCUACUAAAGACUUUGAGUAACGAUCUUAUGAAUGUUUCGUGGAACUUGUUCUACCAUCCAUAUCAGAGAUAUUCAAUAAUUGGGCGUCAGGAAGGUUGGACGGAUUGUUGUUUAUUCUUCGACAUCAGAGUGUGAAGCUAGCGAGUUAGGAUUACCAGCUAUUCCAGUAUGAACCCGAACAGUGUGUAAAUUUGUGUCGCGAUUGUGCGGAAACUUUGAGGAACUUUAUGUGAUUUUAAAACUGAGAUUAUAUCUUAGUUUGGUCCUUCAAUUCGAGGAGAAUAGCCAAGAUGGGGUUUGUACCACCUGAAUUUACGGAGAGGACCACGCAAAUGUGGCAGACUUUCAAUAACAAAGUUCAUGAACCUAAACAUCAACGCAAGCUGAUCUUAGUAACUGUGUGUAUAGCCCUCCUCCUGGAUAACAUGCUGUAUAUGGUGAUCGUCCCCAUUAUACCAAUCUAUCUUAGAGACCUAAGAGGCGAUCCCCCGGCAGUUGAAACAACGAAUUACACCUAUUAUUAUGUUCAGCUCUCCACACCAGUGACCCUUGCUAACGGUACAGUGUAUAACUUCACGGAACAGAGGAAACGUCUAAUCAACCUGCCCCCACCCCCGAUAACAUACGGGAAUGAGGGUGGGGCCAUAGGCGUCCUGUUUGCUUCUAAGGCUAUUCUACAGCUCAUGGUGAACCCGUUUACGGGUGGUCUUAUAGACAGAAUUGGCUAUGAUAUACCAAUGAUGAUUGGACUUGUGAUAAUGUUCUUCUCCACGUCUGUCUUUGCAUUUGGGAAGAGUUACUGGGUUUUGUUUUUUGCUAGAAGUCUUCAAGGCAUUGGUUCGGCGUUUGCCGACACUUCAGGACUUGCUAUGAUUGCCGAUCGUUUUACUGAAGAAAAUGAACGUACGAAAGCUCUCGGUAUAGCCCUGGCAUUUAUAUCAUUCGGGUGUCUCUUCGCACCGCCGUUCGGAGGAAUUCUUUAUGAAUUUGCAGGAAAGUUAGUCCCAUUUCUUGUUCUGGCAACCGUAUGUUUAAUAGACGGAUUUCUCCUCCUGCUUGUCAUGAAACCUGUGAGACUAGAACGAGCACUGAUCCCCCGAGAAGAGCGCCCACGAGGUACCCCUAUUCACCACCUACUCCUGGACCCAUACAUCGCGGCUGUUGCGGGCGCUCUGGCAAUGUCCAAUGUCUCUUUGGCCUUCCUUGAACCAACGAUAUCUCUGUGGAUGAAAGACACACUUGGGGCUGACGAAUGGGAGAUCGGCUUUGUUUGGCUACCUGCGUUUAUUCCACAUAUCUGCGGUGUCUACCUGACCGUCAAACUGGCCCGGACGUACCCUCAUUAUCAGUGGCUGAUGGCAGCCGUCGGCCUUGCCCUUGAAGGAGUCUUCUGUCUGUUCAUCCCCUUCGCAAAAGCGUUCGCUGUCGUCAUCGUCCCAAUAAUGGGAAUCUGUUUUGGAAUUGCUCUCGUCGAUACCGCAUUAUUACCCUCCCUCGGCUAUUUGGUUGAUGUCCGCCAUGUCUCUGUGUACGGAAGCGUGUACGCUAUAGCUGACAUUUCCUACUCUCUGGCCUACGCUUUCGGACCAAUUGUCGCUGGCUCCAUUGUGCACGCUAUCGGCUUCCUCUGGCUCAACGUCGCCAUUUUCAUGAGCAACGUCCUCUACGCCCCUAUAUUGGCGUCCCUCCGCAACAUCUACAAGUACAAACCUUUUGAAAACGAAUCGGAUAUCCUCGUUGAUGAUCCUCCGAGCAAGCACUACCAGACCUAUAUGCAAAAUGGUGGCAUCGACGGGAAGCCGACACAGUUAAAUGGCGACGCUAUGAAUCACCUUGAAGUCAACAAGAAACCCCCUCAGUACAGCGGCGAGAUAGACUGCUACCCUCCCCAACACGAGGCAGACUACCUGUACACCAACGACUCAUCGUCUUACUACCAACGCUGAUACGUAAAUUUGUACUUGAAACGAAAAGCUCCCUUAGAUGAAGAAAACGUUAUCAGUAAGAACAUUCCUCUUCUAAUCAAAUCAAUUCAGUCAACAUACUUUAGAUGAUAUGUAUUCCUAGUGAAUGAAUGUGAGUUCUUAUUCUCACCGUGAAAAACGCUGUGUCCUUGAGAUGAGGACAUCACCGCAAUCUGCUCAAACUGCCCAUACCGCGGUUUGCUUCAUGAAGCCAACAGAAACUGAUGUGUCGAUAUCUAAUUGACACGCCCUGUGUUUUUACUCUGUAGACAGACUCUGACGACAUAAACUGAUGUCCAUUGCAUGUUAAUGUCAGACCGAAAUCUGCAACAAGGCAUGUACUAACAGUGUUCAUUAACAGAACAACUGGUAGAAACUCUUCUCAGGAGAACUGUAGUGUAGUUUCUAGCACUAGGAGUCGUGGUUUUAAACAAACAUGAAAGAAUAUGGGGAUUCUAUUUCACCAACAUAUCACUCUGUAGAUAUUGUGUCAACCUUUAACCCGUCAGUAUACUUACAAAAUGUAAUAUGAAUAGGAUUUGCUUGUAGAGAACUGCAACUUAUGACCAGUUUUGUUAAUCGAAUGAUUGAAUAUGAUUGUUGCCGAUACCAUUAUACGAUAGGUGUAGUAUAGAGUAAACAGACCAUUGGUUGUGAUUUAGGGGAGUUCUAGUCAUAGUCUGUAGUAAUGUUUAGUUGCAAUGAAAAAUAUGUAUUUCAUACACUUUUCAGGAUACCUUGUGUAGUUAUGGAUUUAGACCAAUGGUAUUGAUAUUUUUGUCACAUCUCUAUCUCUCCUUAAUAACGAAAACCACGUUAAACUGUAACACCAUUUUGUUAAGUGUUCCAAAUUUUAGAAUUUGUAGACACUUUUGAAUUCAAAUCAAUUUUCUACAAAGACGAUUUAGUAGAUACAGAUCUUCUAAUAGAUUCAAGCAGGUUCUCAUUAAUAUUUUAUUCAAAUGAAUAUAGUGCUAUUCGCAUAGAGGACAUGGUGUUGGGAAAAAGUUGUUGGAGUGUAGCAAGUUGGUGACUGGUUGUCCGUCCACAGUUACAGUAGGUAAGCUUUUAAAUACUUUGUUGAAGUUUAAAAUACUUAUUUAAAAUGAAGACUAUUUGAAUGUUUGUAAAUAAUGCCCAUGUUUCCAUGUUGCUGUUAACCUACAGCCCAGUGAACACGUAUAUAUUAAACCACAUCUUCAUAGUGUGAUAAGCAGAGGAUGAUAGAUUGUAGAUACAUUUCUCCAUUUUUUCACUUGAACUUGUUGAUAUGUGUGGGUUCUAUGUGGUUUAAAUUGUUAGCAUAUACUAUGUUUUAAAGGUUAUGAUCACAUGUGUAUAAUGCUUUAGAGGAAUUAACACACAUGAAAUGAACAGAUCUUAAUAUUGAAGUGCAAUAAAUAUCUGUAAUGAACAGAA